AUGGACAAGAUCAGUGAGUUACCCGAUGCAUUGCUCGUGAAGAUAUUAUCUUUUGUUCCUACUAAAGUGGCUGUAUCGACUAGUAUUUUGUCGAAGCGAUGGGAUUUUGUUUGGAUGCUGUUGCCAAGACUUGAGUUCAGUGAUAGAUAUUCAUCACUGGCUAAAAGCGAGAGAUUACAGUGUUUUCUUGACAGAAAUCUGCCAUUACAUAGAGCUAUGGUUAUAGAAAGCUUCUGUCUCAAGUUAGGUAAACAUUCUGUGGGUUCAAGUAGCAACCUAUGGGUUCAAGUAGCAACAUCUCGUCACCUACGUGAGCUGGAGAUUUGUGUUCAUUCUUGGGAGAAUAAAUACAUUUUGUCUAGUAGCGUGUAUACUUGCAAAUCGCUAUUGAUCUUGAAGCUCAGUGGUGAUAUUCUCAUGGAUGUUCCUCGUAUGGCUUGUCUUCCCUCUCUGAAAUCCUUGCAACUUUAUGAUAUGAGACGCGUUGAUGACAAAUCUUUUCAACGGCUUCUUUCAAGUUGCCCUGUUCUUGAAGAUCUAUUGGUGUCUACACCUUACUAUGACUAUCGGAGAGAUUUCACUAUUAUUGUCCCAUCUUUGAAGAGGUUAUCACUCUAUAUACCUUCGGAGUGUCAUUUAAAUGGCUAUGUGAUAGAUACUCCUUCAUUGAAGGAUUUCAAGGUCAUCUGUGAUCACAUAGAUGAAGUAUACAUCGGAGACGCACACGAAAUCCUUGAUCUCAAUAGUAUUUUCGUAUCAGUCACAUCUGUUAAGCGUCUGGAAAUAUGUUCAAAGGUUUUGUAUGGUAACGAUUUUACCCUCAACCAGCUUAAACAUCUAAAGUUAUGUGUAUGCAGAGAGUAUUCGUCGGAUUUCCUUGUCCAGUUUCUCAAAGAUUCUCCUAAAUUACGAGAACUAGACCUCUUCAUGAUGGACGGCCAUGAAUAUGAUCGCAUUCAUAUGGAUUUCUGGAACCAACUAAGUAUUGUGCCGGAAUGUCUGAUCUCGAGUCUACAAAUUUUCAACUGGUCACAAUAUUUUGGAAGUCCAGAAGAGAGAGAUAUUGCGGUUUAUAUCUUACAAUACGCACGUCGCUUAGAGACUGCAAAAAUCUUGGAUGAUUCAUGUGAUGUUCCAAAUCUUGAGAUGCUCAAAGAACUAACACUUUCUACGCGAGCUUCGACCACAUGCCAACUUGAAUUUAUAGAGGAUUAA